CCCACCCGCAAGAUGCCCCCCAGCGCCAGUGCCGUGGACUUCUUCCAGCUCUUUGUCCCGGACAACGUCCUCAAGAACAUGGUGGUGCAGACAAACAUGUACGCCAAGAAGUUCCAGGAGCGGUUUGGGAGCGACGGGGCCUGGGUGGAGGUGACGCUGGCGGAGAUGAAGGCGUUCCUGGGCUACAUGAUCUCCACCAGCAUCUCGCACUGCGAGUCCGUCCUCAGCAUCUGGAGCGGCGGCUUCUACAGCAACCGCAGCCUCGCCCUGGUCAUGAGCCAGGCCCGCUUCGAGAAGAUACUCAAGUACUUCCACGUGGUGGCCUUCCGCUCCAGCCAGACCACGCAGGGGCUCUACAAGGUCCAGCCCUUCCUGGACUCCCUGCAGGGCAGCUUCGACUCUGCUUUCAGGCCCUCCCAAACCCAGGUGCUACAUGAACCCCUGAUCGAUGAGGACCCCGUGUUUAUCGCCACUUGCACGGAACGGGAGCUGCGGAAGAGGAAAAAGCGGAAAUUCAGCCUCUGGGUCAGACAGUGUUCUUCCACGGGCUUCAUCAUCCAGAUUUAUGUCCACCUGAAGGAAGGCGGAGGCCCAGAUGGUCUGGACACUCUGAAGAACAAGCCCCAGCUGCAUGGCAUGGUGGCCAGGAGCCUGUGCCGGAACGCGGCGGGCAAAAACUACAUCAUCUUCACGGGACCCAGCAUCACCAGCCUGACCCUGUUCGAAGAGUUUGAGAAGCAAGAGAUUUACUGCUGCGGCCUGCUGAGCGCCAGGAAGAGUGACUGCACCGGUCUCCCUCCGUCCAUGCUGACCAACCCAGCCACCCCCCCAGCCCGGGGUCAGCACCAGAUCAAGAUGAAGGGGAACAUGUCCCUGAUCUGCUGGUACAACAAAGGUCACUUCCGCUUCCUGACCAACGCCUACUCCCCCAUGCAGCAAGGAGUCAUCAUCAAGAGGAAGAGUGGGGAGAUCCCCUGCCCCUUGGCUGUGGAGGCGUUUGCUGCUCACCUCAGCUACAUCUGCAGAUAUGACGACAAGUACAGCAAGUACUUCAUUUCUCAUAAACCCAACAAGACCUGGCAGCAGGUAUUCUGGUUUGCCAUCAGUAUCGCCAUCAACAAUGCCUACAUCCUGUACAAAAUGUCAGACGCCUACCACGUGAGGAGGUACAGCCGGGCACAGUUCGGUGAGAGACUCGUCAGGGAGCUGCUGGGCUUGGAGGAUGCUUCGCCCACCCACUGAUACCAGGAGCAACUAACCCAGGCUCAGGUGGGGUCCAGGUCCAGGGAGGGGUGAGAGGAGAAGAGCCUGAUGCACCUACCUGCCAGGUCAGAGACGUGGACAUGGGACAUGUCCUGGUGUGUGGCCUGCUGCCUGGGAGAAAGGCACAGACCUCUGGAGGGGUGAAGAGGGACUUGGUCAGAUGAUGGCUGCUGUCCCACUUCUCAUUCCUGGAAGAGCACGUUUUCCCCGGGAAGUGGUGACCCCUCCGUGCAGCGAGUGCUCCACAGGCUUGCGAUGACACACCUGAGUCUCAAGGGCAGAUUAUCUUGUGACAUUGUGGGACCUGAAGGCAGCCUUGACUCUUAGCACAGGUGACGACAACGGAAGGCACCUGCCAUAGGACAAGCCGUCGUGUGUUCUGACAUGCUCACUUCAUCAAGAUCCAAAGAGAUAGGGGAUGUGGGUUUAAGUUUACAGCUGGGGAUGUAAGCAGACAGGCUCUGCACGAUUAGGAUGACUCAGGUGUGUGGGGAUGCCAGGGUUUUCCAGCGUCUGCCUCACGCAAGCAGCUUCAGACAAGUCUCUUGGAAGAAGCAGCACAUCCCGGGUGUGUGGUGACCAAACGGGGCAGUUGCUGUUCUGAUGACUAAGUGAAGCAUCCCCGCUCAUGUCCUCUGCUUGGCUGGUGGGCCGGGGAGAAAGGAAACGCCAAAAGAAUGGCAGUUGAAGGGUGAUGCUAUUUUUUAUUUUUAAAUAUAUCUUCAGGUUAUUUUCUUACUGUUGCUUAAAACCUAAUGUAAAAAGUAGAUGUCCCCUCCUCCUCCUCCACUCCCACCUUGGUCCCAUCAAGGCUCCUUGCAUGAUCCCAGUUCUGUGUUCUGGCCUGUGGCAGGGGCAGGAAGGGCAGCUGGCUUCCAGAACACGUGUGGUGGUACUCCACUGAGGACCACGGGGAGCCUGCAGCCCUCGGCUUCGCCACAGACGUCAUCGUUGGCAGAAUUACUUGUUUUGAAAAAUAUGUAGCAUUGCUGAAACACACAACAAAAUCCCCAUGGAUGACCACUUGCUUAUUGUGUCUCCUCUGUGUGUAGUGACCCUGGCAGUGCUUGCCGUCCUCGGGGUGGUCCCUCGGAAUGGCACGGUUGACUGUGGGAAAACCCCGAGACUGGGCUGUGGUAACAGCUUGUGCUGGGUGUGAUUGGGUACGAGCGCUGGGGAGCUUUCUCAGACUGGGAAGACAGCAUGACCAGCAGCUGGCAGUGAGAGCUCCAUUUAUCCCCCAGAAGGGUCUGAGGCUCUUUCUGAGCCAGGGUUUAUGUGUCUCCGUGGGAACCCUUAGCACCAGAGUGGCGGACUGGUCCAACUGUCACCACAGACAAGGGACAGGUAAUUUCUGGAAUUCUCCAAUUCCCCUUCAACCCCAUUUAUGUAACCACCUCAUUUUUACAAAGGCAGAACCUACUCUACUCAGGCUUUGGGGCGCUCUUCCUUGUCCACACUCAUGAAUGAAGUGUUGCUGCCAGCAUGCUCGGGCCCACGUCAUUGCUGUCUUCCAGCUUGGGAUGGCGCCCUCGACCUGUGGUCUUGACUCAAUGCCACGGAUUGUAGGUCACAUCUUAGAUUGUGUUUCCAAACACCUUCGCCGUGCCCUUUGAUUGGAUUUAAAGCACUUUUACCACAUGGAGAAAUAUAUUUUUAAUUUGUGAUGCUUUUCUACAAGGUCCACUAUUUCUGAGUUUACUAUUUCCAACUCUUAGGGAGAUGCUAAUGAGAGCUGAUGAAUUUUCUUUUCUGUCCAAACAAGUAAAAUAAAAAUAAAAGUCUAUUUAGAUGUUGAUUCUUUGUUAAUACGUAAAUUUGUCUGAAAGGUCAGGGAACAAAAAUACAGGCUAUUCUUUUUAAGAUUUGAUUUCUUGUUAUAUAAUCUGGUAUAUAUGAUCUGAACUGUUCUUGGUAUCUCAAACCACCGAGCAGUUUAUAAAAUAAAUUCUGUUCAGUUUUGACUAAUAGAAAUACA